ACUUUAAAAAGCUUACUUUUUUUUUUCUUUUUUUCUUUUCCUUCUUUCUUCUAUUAUCCAAAUGAAAAUCAUUGACAAGAUUCAACAAGCACAAAAGGAUAAGCAAAUUGCUUAUUCUUUUGAAUAUUUCCCUCCCAAGACCGAAGUGGGUUUUGCUAAUCUUAUCGAUCGUCUCGGGCGCAUGUCACAAUUAGAACCGGAAUUUAUUUCGUGUACAUGGGGAGCAGGUGGAUCCACCCAUGACCGCACCUUGGAACUUUGUUCUACAGCCCAAAGUCUUUAUGGUCUUGACACAUUAAUGCAUUUAACUUGUACCAAUAUGGGUAAGGACAAGAUUGAUAUCGCCUUAAAGCAAGCCAAAGAAGCUGGCAUUCGUAACAUUUUGGCUUUGCGUGGUGACCCUCCUCGUGGUCAUGAAUACUGGACACCCGUUGACUCUCAAUUCUCACACGCCAUUGAUCUUGUGAAAUACAUUCGACAAGAAUACAAGGAUUAUUUCUGUAUUGGUGUCGCUGGUUACCCAGAAGGUCAUAUUGACUGUCCUGACAAGGAACAAGAUAUGUUACAUUUGAAGGAAAAAGUCGAUGCUGGUGCGGAUUUCAUCAUGACUCAAUUGUUUUAUGACGCCGAUGUAUGUGUUGCUUGGAUUCAAAAGUGUCGUCAACAUGGUAUUUAUGCUCCUAUCGUUCCCGGUAUUAUGCCUAUUCCUACCUAUCAAAGUUUCCGUCGCAUGAUCAAUUUGUGUAAUGUCAAAGUGCCUGCCAAAGUCAUGCACGAUUUAGAUGAAAUUAAGGCAGAUGAUCAAAAGGUAAAAGAAUAUGGUGUCCACCUUGCGGUGGAGAUGAUUCAAUAUUUACAUCAACAAGCCGGUAUCUGCAAUUUCCAUAUUUCCACACUUAAUUUAGAAAGAUCUACACGACUCAUUUUAGAGGCCUUGCAUUUACACAAGGCAAGCGAGUCUAUUCAACCUAGCAAAGUCUCUCCUUGGGCUCCUAUUCACGAUCCUGCACGUGCUGAAUUAUGGGAUGAAUUUCCUAACGGAAGAUAUGGUGAUUCACGCUCACCCGCUUAUGGUCAAACUACCCAUAGCUCUGGACAAAUUUUACCUACUUCGCAAGCGAUUAUUAAAUGGGGACUACCAGAGACCGAAGAAGACAUUGGACAAUUAUUUGUAAAGUAUAUCAAGGGCGAAUUAGAAUCUUUACCUUGGUGCGAGGAAAGACUUCAGACAGAGAGUGAUGCUAUUUGUCAACGUUUAUGCCAAAUCAAUCAGCGCGGUUAUUGGACUGUGAGUUCACAACCCGCAGUAAAUGGUGCGUCUAGUCUGGAUGAAGUGUACGGUUGGGGACCUAAAGGUGGUUAUGUCUAUCAAAAGGCAUUUAUCGAGUUCUUUGUGGCAGAGGAUGGUAUUGAAGAUUUAUUGAAGCGUUUGCGUAAAGAUGAGUCGAUCACUUAUUACGCUACGAAUCAAAAGGGUGAUUUCUCUACAAACGUGUCGGAUGCGGAUGAAGCACAAAAUGCUGUAACGUGGGGUGUUUUCCCUGGUAAGGAGAUUAUUCAGCCCACCAUUAUUGAAAAGGCUAGUUUUGAAGCAUGGAAGGUAAAGAAAAGUAAAAUGUGUGACAGAUAAAGAGAGAUAUUAAAAUAGGAUAGGAUGAUGCUUUUGGUUUAUGGAGAGAAUGGGAGGAACAAUACCCACCUAACAGCAAGAGUCAAAAGUUAUUAAAUACGAUUGGACAAAAGUACUGGCUUGUAAAUGUGGUCCAUAAUGAUUUUCAACAACCAGAUCUUCUUUUUGAUGUGAUGCUUUCUAAAUAAUAAUAAAUGGUGUGAUCAAAAUAAAAACGCGUUCAAACUCUUCUAACAAAAUGGGGUUUUCUUUUCUUUUUUUUUU